GAACCCUUCCCAGACGCCUGGGUCCGCUCCGUGUCUGUGAAGGUCGGGGGACGCCUGGGUCGGCUCCAUGUCUGGGCGGGGAGCCCAGAUGCCUGGGACUGCUCCGUGUCUGAGGAGGCGGGGGGAGGCCGGAUGCCUGGGUUCUGUUUUUGGCUGUGGGGCUGUACUGGCUCCCGGUUGAUUUGAGGGGGUGCCCUUGUAGGGAGGAGCCCUGCAUCUGGCCCUGCCAUGGAGACUCUGAUCCCCGUUAUCAACAAACUGCAGGAGAUUUUCAACACGGUAGGGGCCGAGGUGAUCCAGCUGCCCCAGAUCGUGGUGAUUGGGGCCCAGAGCAGUGGGAAGAGCUCAGUUCUGGAGAGCAUUGUGGGUCGCGACUUCCUGCCCCGGGGCUCAGGCAUUGUCACCCGGCGGCCCCUGGUCUUGCUGCUGGUGAAUGUGCCAUUUCUGGAGGAGCGGCAACAUGCAGCCAGUGGGGAGACAACUUUGGCGCAGAGGGAAGUGCCGCUGGGGCCAUGGAGCGUGUCUCAGGGCCUGCUGUGCCUCCCUGUCCCCUCUCAGACCUUCACCGACUUCAGUGAGAUCCAGCAGGAGAUUGAGACUGAGACCGAGAGGACGACAGGAACCAACAAGGGGAUCAGCCCGGAGCCCCUGUAUCUGAAGAUCUACUCCCCACAUGUCCUGAACUUGACACUGGUCGACCUACCGGGGAUCACCAAGGGGCCUGUGGGGGACCAGCCCCCCGACAUUGAGGGCCAGGUGCUGGAGAUGAUCCUAUCCUACGUCUCCAAUCCGAACUGCCUGAUCCUGGUUGUGACAGCUGCCGACACCGACGUGGCCACCUCUGAGGCGCUCAAGCUGGCCCGGGAUGUUGACCCCGAUGGAUGCCGCACACUGUCCGUGGUCACCAAGCUGGACCUGAUGGACGCUGGGACGGACGCCAUGGACGUUCUGAUGGGCCGGGUCAUCCCUGUCAAACUGGGCAUCAUUGGGGUGGUGAACAGGAGCCAGCACGACAUCAAAACUUGGAAGAGCAUCACUGAGUCACUGCAGGAUGAGCAGGCCUUCCUGCAGAAGCAAUACCCAUUGCUGGCCAACCGCAACGGCACCCGGCACCUGGCCAAGACCCUCAACCGGCUGCUGAUGCACCACAUCCGGAAUUGCCUGCCGGAGCUGAAAACCCGGGUGAAUGUGCUGACGGCCCAAUAUCAGUCAGUGCUGCAGAGCUAUGGGCAGCCCAUCGAGGACAAGAAUGCCAUGCUGCUGCAGAUCAUCACCAAGUUCGCCACCGAGUACUGCCACACCAUCGAGGGCACGGCCUGGAACAUUGAGACCUCAGAGCUCUGCAGGGGUGCCCGCAUGGGCUACAUCUUCCAGGAGACGUUGGGCCGGACGUUGGAGUCCAUCGACCCGCUGGCUGGGCUCACGAUGCUGGACAUCCUGAUAGCCAUUCGCAAUGCCACGGGCCCCCGUCCCGCCCUCUUCAUGCCCGAGGUCUCCUUCGAGCUGCUGGUGAAACGUCAGAUCAAGCGUCUGGAGGACCCGAGCCUGCGCUGUGUGCAACUGGCGCUGCAGCUCCUCGUGCACAUCAUUCAGCACUGCUCCACCUACAACACACAGGAGCUGCUGCGCUUCCCCAAACUGCAUGAAGCGAUUGUGGAGGUGGUGACAGGCAUCCUGCGGCAGAGGCUGCCUAUCACCAACGAGAUGGUUCAUAAUCUGGUUGCAAUCGAGCUUGCCUAUAUUAACACCAAGCACCCGGACUUCAUGGACACAGCGCUGGUGUCUGCCUCUGUCAGCACCCGCAAGCCUAUGCCGGCCACAUGGAAGCUGAGCCAGCAGGAGCAGUGGGAUUGUGAGGUGAUCCGCAGACUCAUCAUAUCCUAUUUCCUCAUUGUGCGCAAAAGGAUCCAGGACAGCGUCCUCAAGACAAUCAUGCAUUUCCUGGUGAACUAUGUCAAGGACUAUCUGCAGAGCCAGCUGGUUGGACAGCUAUACAAGCAGGAGCUGCUGGACAUGCUGCUUACAGAGUCAGAGGACAUGGCACAGCAGCGCAAGGAGGCUGCUGGGCUGCUCCAGGCCUUGCAGCGAGCCAGCCAGACCAUCUCUGAGAUCCGGGAGACGCAACUCUGGUGAGGAUGGCUGGAGAAGCUGAGUUUCGAGACACCACACACACCCCACCCUCUGGUUCUUUGCUGCCUAUAUAUCUGAGCCGGUCUGAUGGUGGGUUGGUGUUAUGGAAUAAAACCUGUUU